CAGGCUGUGAACGAUACGUCAGACAGCGAUCGUCGCGAGAAGGGAUGGGCGCGGUGGGCGAGCCGCCUAUCGCCGCCGCUUCACUCCUCCAACUCGACGGUCUAAUUUGUGCGAACAUUGCUCGAGGCAAUAAACGAACAAGCAGGUCGGACUGAUAUGAAAGGCCUCGGUGCGGAAGCGGAGACGGUUGAUGGCUGGGAAGGUUCCAGAGAUGGGGAACGCAUGAUACCGGUUGCAUCGCAACAAGGACGAACGACGACCAUUUCUUGUGUUGCUCCUCUGCCUUGCGUUGCCCAGGACUGCUCCCAGCUUCCUGUCUGUCUUUUCCCAACCCUGACUGACUGUGCUGCUGUGUAUGUAUCCUCCCCGAAUUCCUUAUAUCCUGGCGACAUAACGGACAAGACGGGUAUUUCACUCUCUUCUCCAUUCUUUCUUCAUACUUCGACCUUCGACGACACUACGGCUCUUGUGAUCUCAUUUGCCAUUUUUCAUUCUUUUUCACACUCACGUCCUAUACCCUUCGUGUUCUAUGGUCUUCAAUCCUCGACAAAUGCAUCUCCCUGCUGCGCGGGCCUUGCGGUCGAGGCGUUCAUCCCUCCACUCUCGUCUCGAUUCAGAACAGCUUCACGACGCCCGGGCACUCAUCAACUUGGGCAGCAAUGACGACGACAACUCUUCGUCCUUCAUCGUCUCGACGCAGACCGUGGUAGAGACGGCGGCAGUGGUCACAGAGGUCGUCGUCACCGUGAGCGGAAAGAAGGUGGAGUCCACGACCACUUCUAUGUUCCCUACCACCGAAGUCAUCCUUCAAACCAUUGCUGCGACCGCCACCGCCACAUCCUCCUCCUCCGCAACGGCUGCUGCGAAGACUUCCUCCGCGUCGUCGUCAUCUGCAUCGUCUACCUCAGCGAAGGCAUCCUCGUCCUCCGCCUCGUCCACGUCCGGUUCCGCAUCCUCGACCGGCUCAGCAAAUGCCACCACCUCUUCCUCCUCCGCCGCCGCCGCCACCUCGGCUUCGUCUCUCGUUGCCAGCAGCGCCAGCACGACUUCCUCUGCUGCCAACUCUACAGCCUCUUCAGGCGCGGACAACAACGUCGCCACCACUUCCGCGACCGCUAAAGGAGGCCUCUCGACCGGCGCCAUGGCCGGCAUCAUCGCCGUCUCCGUUAUCGCUGUCCUCGUGAUCGGUAUUUGGAUCAUGCGAAAGACGUGCAUACGUGCACGCAAUAAACGGCUUUCGACCUGGACCAAAGCGGGCGCGUUGGGAGGGGAGUCGAAUAUGGUUGAGAAAGGCGUUGUAGGUGGGGGUGGGGGUGGUGGAUAUGGAGCGGCUGCGACAGCGGCGUCGAUCACGCCCUAUACGUUCUCUGCGCCGUCUUCGACUAUGGCCUCUAAUUCGACCUCGAUCCAGAACUCGACGGGCGUGAAGCCGAAUGUGGGGAGGUAUAAUUCUGUGACUCGCGAUGAUGCACCGCGAGGGGGAGCAGGAGCGGCAGGGAUAGGCGCAGGAAGAGCCCCGGGUGGUUAUCCCGGCCCACAACGUGCCCCCUACGUCCCGAAACCCCCACAAGCCUCAUACAACAACCCAGUCGUAACCACCCCACUCUCCAUCUCCACCGGUCCCUUCUCCAACGCCAACGCCGUCCGUUCCACCCCCGGAAACUCAUCACCACGCAGCAUAAUGACCUACGGGACCACCUUCACCGCCGCAACUCAUAAGACCUCCACCAGCACCUCGAGCGCGAAUAAAGUCAACGGCGGAGCGGCAAUGGCUGUUGUUCGCGUGACUUAUAUCCCGUCUAUGCCUGACGAGCUGAGCAUCUCGCCGGGAGAGAUGUUGAGGAUCGCGAGCGCGUACGAUGAUGGCUGGGCGCUGUGUGUGAAUGGGAGAGGCGAGCAGGGGAUGGUUCCGUUGGAGUGUUUGGAGGGCGGGCCGGGACAGUUUGGGGGGUAUCAGGAUGGGAGCAGUGAUGGGAGUGCGGCGGGUGGGAGCGUUUAUGGGAAUGGAACGGCGAGGAACUCGAGGAGGGCGAGUAGUUUGGCGGGGGCGGGGAGGUCGUUGACGGGUGGGCAGGGGAGGUAGAGAGUGGUGCAGUGUACUUCAUUCGAGUGGCUAGAGGGACUGUACAUGUGUCUCCGCUUUCGAAACGUUGAUGUCCGCUUUAUCCUACCAUUCUCUUCUCCUCUCUCCUUAUUUUCGCGUCUUUCAUUAACUACCACGCACUUGGGUCCAUAGUCGUUUUGUUGGUGUAUUUUAUUCUUCGGCGAGCCUACUUACGGAGUAGCUGCCAGUGAAUGUUGGGAUUGGGAUUGUGGUCGUGAUUUGUCGACGUUCGUGCGGUUAUCUUCUUGGUCUCAUUGACAGAUGCCAGCACUCUAAUUUCUGCGGGAGUCGAGGACGCCGUGGAUCGGUCUGACCUGUUCAUCGGCACCAUCGACAUACUACUUACCUCCCUUUGGUCGUGUUGUACUUUUGUUUUUCUUCCGACUUCUCGAAAACCCGCGAUGCUUGUCAGUACCUACUGUCCGUGUCCUUGUUGUCGUCCUGCAAUUCAGUACAUUUGUACAGCUGGCUGUUCAGUGUCUCUGAUUACGUUU